GUUUAUUCAAUACGCGGUGCUUUAGUCAUUACCUUAACCCGUAAUCAACCAGGAACAGACUGGCAGUUCCGAUCUCCAACCGACGACCUUUGCUCCGAUUCCGAUCUCCGAUCACAAACCAUGACUCAAGAAGGCAAGAGCAGAGGCGUCCUUUACCCCGGCGAGCAGCCUCCGCCGUCGUAUUAUUACGGUACGUUUCAAGGGGUUGCAAAUCAUCCUCCACCACCUGCACCUGUCACUUACCAGCCUUCCGUAGGUCUUCCGCAACCUGUUCCACCUCCGCAUAUCGUUCGAAUCGAUUAUUCACAUAGCUACCAAACCGCUCCAGGCGUUGUGAUCGCUUCUGGGACACCUGUGGUGAUUGACCGUGGCCCUCUUCCUUGCUGUGGUUGUGGGAUUGGCUGGUUCUUAUUUUUUGUUGGGUUCUUCUGUGGGGCCAUUCCCUGGUAUGUGGGAGCUUUCAUACUACUCUUUGUGCGGGUUGAUUAUAGAGAAAAGCCUGGACUUGUUGCCUGCACCAUAGCGGCAACUUUGGCUUUGAUUGCUGUUGGUCUUGGUGUGCAGAGGGUCAAAUAUGGGUGGUAAGUUUACUAUUAGAGUUUGCAUAUUUGUAUAGUCAUCAAGAAAUUAUGAGUAAAAAACAUGGAUUGGUUGUUGCAAAACUACUUUGAAGGUAAUUAUGGUUCUUUGUGUAUUGUAAUUUGGCUAUUAAUUUUACACAUAAGUUCGGGAUUU